CAAAUAUAAAGCGCUUCCCCAUAUACGAGGAAGAAGUGAAUCAUAACUCACGAGGAGGAGUCGCAGCCUACAGCCACAUCCAGUGUGUGAACCCCGACAACAGAGCACCCACACCUGAGUGCAGCUUCAUCCUCUAGUUUGAGAUUCUAUAUCACAGUUCGUUUAGCGCUUCCAUGUUUGUUUCUUGAUUUUUUUUUUUGCUAGUUUUUUUCCCCUGGAUGAUACUUUAAUAAGAAAAAUAGAUACUUUUUUCAACUGAGGUGAGAAAAAGAGCGCGUGGUUAACUUUGAGGUACAAGCGCGCGCGUAGAUGGCUGCCCUGAUCAGCGCGUACUCGUCGUGGCCGGAGUCCUUCGAGUGUUCCGCGGGGGACGCCGACGACGGCUCGGCCGACGGACACGGCGCCCACAAUAGGACUCCGGCGGAGAAGGCGUCGGAGCCGCGCAUCAGACGGCCCAUGAACGCUUUCAUGGUGUGGGCGAAAGAUGAGCGCAAACGCCUGGCUGUCCAGAACCCGGAUCUGCACAACGCAGAGCUCAGCAAGAUGUUAGGCAAGUCGUGGAAGGCCCUGACCCCUCUGGAGAAGAGGCCGUACGUGGAGGAGGCGGAGCGGCUGCGGGUGCAGCACAUGCAGGACUACCCCAACUACAAGUACCGGCCGCGGCGCAAGAAGCAGCUGAAGAGGAUCUGCAAGCGCGUGGACCCCGGCUUCCUGCUGAGCGGCCUGGCCCCCGACCAGAACGCCCUGCCGGACCACCGGCUGCUCUGCCACCCGCACCAGGACAAGGACGACGGGGGUCUUCACGGCGGCGCGGGGGGCUUCCCGUCCCAGGGCUCGGUGCUGCCCGGGGUGCGCUCCUUCAGGGACCCGGCCGGGAGCGGCAGCAGCAGCAGCUUCGACACCUACCCCUACGGCCUGCCCACCCCUCCGGAGAUGUCCCCCCUGGACGCCAUGGAGCACGAGCAGCACCUCCCCCUGUCGUACUACCCGGCGCCCGGCCGCCAGGGCUCCUCCUCCUCCGGCGGCGACGACCGGCGGCAGAACCCGAACCAGGCCCCCUCCCACAUGGGCAGCCCGCCCCCCUACCACACCGACUACACCCAGGCCCAGUACCACUGCGGGGGGCCGCACCUGAGCCACCUGCCCCCCCACCACAUGUCCCAAACGAGCGGCGGCGGCGGCGGCGGCGGCGGUGGUUCCACCCUCCUCACCGGACCCCCGUUGUCCUACUACACCAACACCUCCUCCCCCCCCUCCUCCUCCUCCUCCGCCUCCUCCCCUUCCUCUUCCUCCUCCUCCACUUUCUCCCAGCUGCACCACCAGGGGCACCCCCACCACCAGGGGCAACCCCACCUCCACCAGCUCCUCCACCACCACCACCACCACCACCACCUCCAGCACCACCAGCACCACGCCCUGGGACAGUUGUCCCCGCCGCCCGAGUCCCACGGCGGGAACCUAGAGACCCUGGACCAGCUGAGCCAGGUGGAGCUGCUGGGCGAGGUGGACCGGGACGAGUUCGACCAGUACCUCAACUCCAACGGCGGCGGCUUCCUCCACCCCGAGCACCCGGGCGCCACCAUGACGGUGACGGGACACAUUCAGCUGGCGCCGUCCUCCGUCGCCGCGGCCGCCGUGGUCGCCGUGUGUCCCAGCAACGGCGGUGGCGGCGGCGGCGGCAGCAGCAGCAGCAGCAGUAGCAGUAGUAGCGGCAGCAUCGUCACGGAAACCAGCCUCAUAUCGGUGCUCGCCGAUGCCACGGCGGCGUACUAUAACAACUACGGGAUCUCGUGAUCUGUCGUUGACGAUGCGGUAACCAUGGCUACCCCUUGUGCGACCGGCUGACAGACAGUUGAGAAGAUGGGAGGGGUUUAGGACACUGCCGGCCGGGGAUGCUGGUAGGAUGAAGUUGCUCUUCAAUGUUGCUGUUCAGAAGCUCUUCUUCUUCUUCUUCUUCUUCUUCUUCUUCUUCUUCUUCUUCUUCUUCUCCUUCUCCUUCUCCUUCUUCUUCCUCUUCUACUUCCUCUUCUUCUAAUUUUUCAUCAUAGAGAUUUUCCAGUCGGCCCAUCUAUGGGCCACUUCAUCCUACCGACACCAAAGACCAGAGCCCGGGUGAGCUACAUGGGAGCCGAGGAGAACGAAGGUCGAGGACAAUGAAAGAACGUACACAGAGACACGUAUGUGGACACCUCAGGGAUGAACACACUGAACACUACAGCAUGUCGCUUUCAAUUGUCUUGAAACUUUCAAAAAUCUGAACCACAAUCUGUAGGACCUACUGGUAAAAUAAACUUAAUGUACAAUUCCUUAUCCUAACUGUUUCCACGGAGGCAUGUAAAGAUGCUGUUUGAAAAAAAAAAAAAAAAAGAUGUUGUAUUUAAGUACUUUGAUGUUCCACAUAAUGCUUACUGUAAUGCUAUAAUCAGUUCUUUCUGUUUGGUUGUUUGUUGCGGGAUGUUCCUGCUCUUGUUGUGGGAGUCUUACCUCAGUAGUUUGUAAUUUAACGAGGGAUUAGCCGGACACUUCUUAUGCAAUUCUUCGCCCCCCCAAAAAAUCGUCUAUAAUGAGGAAAAAAGGCAUUUAUACUACUUAAUAAUAUAUAAUCAAAUUAUUUGCAAUGGAAAAAAAUAAUAAUGUCUAUAAAUGUAUGCUUAUUUAGGUUUGUAAAAGAAACUUAAUUUAAAAUAAAGUUCCACUUUUAUUUUGAUGUA